CCUCCGCGGCGGAGGACACGCGUGGCCGAGCGGACCGAGCGCCUCGCCGCCCCGCAGGUUCUCAGCCUUGGUUCUAAGAUGAUGGGAUUGGGGAAUGGGCGUCGCAGCAUGAAGUCUUCGCCCCUUAUCCUGGCUGCCCUAGUGGCCUGCGUCAUUGUGCUUGGCUUCAACUACUGGCUUGCGAGCUCCAGAAGCGUGGAACUUCAGACCCGAAUUGUAGAGCUGGAAGGCCGGGUCCGCAGGGCAGCCGCAGAGAGAGGAGCUGUAGAGCUGAAGAAGAACGAGUUCCAGGGUGAGCUGGAGAAGCAGCGUAAGCAACUCGACAGGAUCCAGUCUAGCCACAGCUUCCAGCUGGAGAACGUCAACAGGUUACACCAGGACGAGAAGGCGGUUUUGGUAAAUAACAUCACCACCAGCGAGAAGCUCAUCAGAGACCUGCAAGACCAGCUGAAGGCCCUGCAGAAGAGUUAUGGCAGGCUGCAGCAAGACAUCUUCCAGUUCCAGAAGAACCAGACCAGCCUGGAAAAGAAGUUCUCCUAUGACCUGAGCCAGUGUAUCAGCCAGAUGACAGAGGUGAAGGAGCAGUGUGAAGAGCGGAUACAAGAGGUCACCAGAAAGAGAAACGAAGCCUUAGUUUCCAGAGAUGCAGCUAAAAGUAACGACCGUCAGCAGGCGCCCAAGCCUCAGGUCAAGCUUCAACAAGUAGUCCCGCCAAAGGAACAGACUGCACAAGGGGAAGCGGAUGUGCCCAGAAACAAGUCCCAGAUGCCGGCCCCCAGGUCAGAGGAAUGGAGCUUGAAGCCACGUGAGCAGAAUGAAGAAACCAAUGAGAUUCAUGUCAUUGGCGAGGAGCACGGUCUGCGACCAUCGAAGGCAGCAGUCCAGGAACAGGCUGCCGUGGAUGGCAUGCCUGUGGGAGCAGGGAACCCUGAUCGGAACAUACAGCCACCAGCUGCCCGUCUACCGGCUGCCGGGCUGGCCAGGCCUGAGGAGGACUCUGAGUACCCUGAGCGGGACCAGCUUGUCAUCAGGGAUGGUCAGGAGGAACAUGCUGCUGAGAAAGGAGGAAGCCAGCAGAGACUGGGAAAUGAAUACAACCUGGAUGAAAAUCAAGCAGUAUCUGAGAGAGACAAGCAGACAGUCCUUGCAGGGCAUGACAGAAAUAUAAAUGUUUUAAAUAUUGAAGAACAGAAGAGAGGCAUAAUAAACUUACCCGAUGGGAGUAAGAAGGAGCUUCACAUUCUAAAUCAACCAGAAGUACAUAUUCCUCAACAGGCCUGAACAGAGAUCUUACGUGAUUCACCAGUGACUGAGAACUCAGCUGUGAAAUGUACAAAGUCAAAUGUCCACCAGCCGAUCAUUAUUGUGGAGUUUAAUCAGUACAUUUUAGCAAAGAAAAAAAUGGGACCAUCUCAGACAGUUUGGAUGUACUUUUAAAAUGUCUUCAAAAAUUGGCCACACUUUCUUGAUUAACAGGUGUUUCUUGAGCAGGCCAACACCAACAAGAGAAAUGAGAUGGUCUUGCAUGGGCAGCAGCACCUAUCAUCCCACAGUGUCUCUAGGACAGAACAGCCUGCAGGGCAGCUCCUGGCAGACAUCAGCUUCUUUCUCCUCCUGCUGUUGCUUGCCAGUUUCUGGUACUGAGCAGCUCAUCACUGCUGCACACACUUGAUUCCACCAUCAGUGGCCUAAGCUCUUACUGCCAGCAAGACCACCACUAGUCAGUUUUAGACAAGCCUCAACACAAAGCUGUUCUGUGCAAAAAAUAAGUAAAAGAUAGCCACUGCGCCUGGCUACCUCCAGGCCUCAGAAGGCCGAGGCAGGAAGACUGUCUAGUAAGUCACUGCACCAGACAGGAUGCAGAGCACUGCACCGACAGAGGCCCAGAUACAUGUACCUGUGCUGAUACAAUAGUCCAGGAAAGGGGGCUGGCUGCUGGAGGAUACCCAGGUUACAAGCUGGGGAUGCCUUCAAAGGCAAAAAGAACACAGUAGCUGUUUGUUUGUUUGUCUUCUUUGUAAAGACUUGUAGUUCACUGGUGACAAUGGUAUAGGACUGACUGUAGUUUUUGACUCCGAUCAGUGGUUCUAACCAGCUGCAGCCUGACCACAGUCGCACUCUGCUCUCCUUCCAGUGCCGCUCUCUCAAGAGUGAGCCAGUUCAAAGUUGUCUGCCUGUGUUGCAUCUGACCAGAUCUGGUGUGCUGACGUACAACCCUGUGUUUAGAUGGAUACCAUCCAAUGUCACAAACCACGUCCCUCAUUCUUACUAACUUGUCAGACCCUCAGAUGCAUUGUGCUUUUACUGCACAACUGUUCUACUCUGGGCUCCAAGCUCAAGCAGAGUUUGUAUUUUCUAGUGCCUAGUAUUUCCUAUCUUAAUUUGGCUUUGCUUUAAAGUGUAGACAUUGCUGAUAAGCUGUGCUGAUUCCUUUUCAACAAGAAAGACAGGUAAGGAGUUAACUGCCUUCUGGGGUCUGUUGGCUGCCUGAUGGCUAUGCUUGACAGUUGAGCCAGACUACCUCAGUAGUGAGCAGGAAGUAAGCGACAGCCUAACCUCAAUCCUCACUAGCACUGCAGCAACUUCAGUCAGGCAUGUUUCAAACGAUUUCUAGCAAAAUGUUUUGAUUCAAGAAGGGUGUCACAGGGCUGGGGCAUAGCUCCCUGAGAGCCUCUGCCUAGUAUGUGUGAGGCCCUGGUUGCAUUCUCAGCACCACCAAAGCCUGUUACGUUAGAGUCAGGACACCAAAAUCUCAGGAUCAUCGCUGCCAGAAGCCAAAUGAACUGCCACUAGUCUUAGGCAAAACUGCAAAGCGCGGUUCAACUUCAGGAGAGCUCAUUCUCCUAAAAGCAGUACCCUUACAAAAUACAAAAGGGAAACCCCACAGGCUAAUCAGAGGAAUGAGCAGCAAACCAAGGAUGGGGACUCUGGCUGGUGCAUCACGAGCAAAACCUGCACUUCACUGGGAGGCUCCAGCUGCAGCAAAGAUGCGCACCAUGUUCAAACGAGACCACAUCUCAGCAGCCUACACUCUUCCGCCUGUCGACACCACCCAGCAGGCACUGCAGCUGCUUGGUUACAGAUCCUUAUGGAUCUGUGUCGCCACACACACAAUCAUGUACUUUAGCAAUCCUCAAAAUCAAGUUUUAAUUUUACCAGAAUCUAAAUCCUUAAUAAAUCUUGUGUUUUGAAA